AUGAUUCACAACGGAUCCCUCCUCAAUCUCCCUCUCUCCAUUCCCCCUCUUCUAACCCAACCACCACACCAGCUGUGCCACCAGUCAGGCUCAGCAGCCAAUCUGGGCCUCACAAAGGCUCUCACUCCCGUGUCCAACUGUCGCAACCUCCGCAAGGAGGAUAUGAUCCACAACGGCGCCCUCCCAGCCAUCCACGUGGACCCUGAGACCUACCAGAUCCUCAAGAGCAGUAAGCGAAAAGGUCAAAAGCAGCUGGAGACACAGCAGAGAAGAGAGAGCAUCACCCAAGCGUCGCUAUUGGGUGAGGUGGCCAAGGAGCCAGGUGGGGAAACGAGCAGCAUGGAGCGUCAAGCGGAGGAGGAGAAGGGGCGAACAGCCCCGCCCGCUCCGCCCCUGCCAUCGGACUGGGCGGUGUGGCAGCUGCUGGACUCGCUGCUGCCUGCUGGUGGCUUCGCUCACUCGCUGGGGCUGGAAGCAGCAGCAAGCGCAGGCUUCCUUGCGGGCGCGGGGAGAGGAGGAAGGGCAGUUGCGGCAGGUGGGGCAGGUGGGGGUGCAGGUGGGGCAGGGGGAGCAGGCACCGGACCAAGUGGGGGGAGCGGUGAUAGUGGCGCAGGGAGAGGGGGAGGAGGCAGCGGGGAGGGGAGGAGUGAGAUGGUGGUGUCGCUGCGAGUGUUUGUGCUCACGGCCGUGCAUGCCAAUGCUGCCCUGCUGCUGCCCUUAGUUGCCACGGCUCAUGGGAUCGCUUGUCUCCCUCUCUCAGGGCUCUGCCCUGCUUCGAGUCGCCUCGACAGUCUUCCCGGAAGCCUCUCCCCUGCUCUCGACCUAUCGCACGAGGACACGUCAGCAGGGGACUGCCUGUCUGCCGCCACGCGGCUCAACCUGAUUGGCCCGCUGCAAGCCGCGGGGAUGCAGAGGGAGAUGGUGAGAGAUGCUGAGAGGAUAGUGAUGGAGGUGGGAGGAGGGGAUGGGGGAGGUGGAGGGGAUGGUGGGGAUGGGGCUGUUGGGGAUAGGGCACCAAAUGUUGCACCCAUGCCACUAUGCAUGGAUGCAGCAUGUCAGAUGGAGGAGGAAGGACGUGAGGAGGGGAAGAUGGAAGAGAGGAAGAUGGAGGAGGGGGAGAUGGAAGAGGGAGGAGCGGAGGAGGGGGAGAUGGAGGAGGGAGGAGUGGGAGGAGUGGAGGAGGGGGAGAUGGAAGAGGGAGGAGCGGAGGAGGGGGAGAUGGAGGAGGGAGGAAUGGGAGGAGUGGAGGAGGGGGAGAUGGAAGAGGGAGGAGCGGAGGAGGGGGAGAUGGAGGAGGGAGGAGUGGGAGGAGUGGAGGGGGAGAUGGAAGAGGGAGGAGCGGAGGAGGGGGAGAUGGAAGAGGGAGGAGUGGGAGGAGUGGAGGAGGGGGAGAUGGAGGAGGGGGAGAUGGAGGAGGGAGGAGUGGAGAAGGGGGAGAUGGAGGAGGAAGGAGGUGAGGAGGGGGAGAUGGAGGAGGAAGGAGCAGGGGAGGGGGAGAUGGAGGAAGGAGGUGAGGAGGGAGAGAUGGAGGAGCAAGGAACUGGGGAGCAGGCGGGGGGGACGCGACAGGCACAAGGAGCAGGGCGAGGAAUUGGGAGAGAAACAGGUGAGAGGGAAGCACGGAGAGCAGCAGGUGGAGCAGCAGGUGCAGUGCGUGAAAGGAGCUCUGUUCUUGGUAGUGUGCAGCCAAGCGUGCACGUGGGUGAGGCAGAAGCAGUGGCUGCUGCAGCAACAACAGCAGUGGCAGCGGCAGCAGCUGCAACUGUGGGUGCGGGAGUGCGGCGGGGCGGCAUGGAUUGGACUGGAGUGCUGGUGGUGGAGCUGGUGGGCGGCCACAGCACAGCAACGAGGAGCUUCUGUCGGUACCCACUCAAGAUCAUGGUGCCAUCCAAGGUACAUGCUGGCAUGCCUGCACGGCCAUGCAUAGAGUUUAGGAGAUUCUGUCGGUACCCGCUCAAGAUCAUGGUGCCCUCCAAGGUACAUGCUGGCAUGCCUGCACGGCCAUGCAUAGAGUUUAGGAGAUUCUGUCGGUACCCGCUCAAGAUCAUGGUGCCCUCCAAGGUACAUGCUGGCAUGCCUGCACGGCCAUGCAUAGAGUUUAGGAGAUUCUGUCGGUACCCGCUCAAGAUCAUGGUGCCCUCCAAGGUACAUGCUGGCAUGCCUGCACGGCCAUGCAUAGAGUUUAGGAGAUUCUGUCGGUACCCGCUCAAGAUCAUGGUGCCCUCCAAGGUACAUGCUGGCAUGCCUGCACGGCCAUGCAUAGAGUUUAGGAGAUUCUGUCGGUACCCGCUCAAGAUCAUGGUGCCCUCCAAGGUACAUGCUGGCAUGCCUGCACGGCCAUGCAUAGAGUUUAGGAGAUUCUGUCGGUACCCGCUCAAGAUCAUGGUGCCCUCCAAGGUGCGUAGAGGCAUGGCUGUUCAGGUGUUGGUGAGUAUAGCAGUGCAUGUGCAGGUCGCAGCCUCAGGGGUGGAUGCAGUGUGGGCGUACAUAAUCACCUAUGGGGGCGGCAUAGUGGCAGGGGACAAAGUGACGCUCUCCUGUGCGGUGCAGUGCGGUGCCACGGCCGUGUUCGCCUCCCAGGCAUCUACCAAGAUCUUCCACUCCAUGCCGGGCACCCCACCAGCCCGCCAGCUCAUCACCGCAACCAUCCAGCCUGGCGCCUUGCUGGCGGUGCUCCCCGAACCAAUCACGUGCUUCCGAGCAUCGCAGUACCAGCAGCUGCAGAGCAUCCACGUGGCGCCAGGUGGCAGCCUCGUAUUGGUCGACUGGCUGACGAGCGGGCGGCGGGAUCGAGGGGAGGUGUGGGAGAUGGAGUGUUACGAGAGUUGUAACCGCAUCUACCGGGAAGGAGAGGAGAUCCCUCUAGUCUUUGACAAGGUGAAGCUUUCAGCCAAUGCGGUGGUGCCACCUGGACAGCAGCUGGAGGGCAUUCAUGUGCUCACCACCAUCAUUAUCCUGGGUCCACGCACAGAGGCAGUGAGGGCCCACUUAAAGGCAGCAGUGGCGCAGGCAGCAGCUGCUGCGUUCAACCUAAGGAGGAGCAGCAGGGGCUAUUCUUCCUCUGCUUCCCCUGCCCCUUCUGCCGCCUCUGCCCCAUAUGCCGAAAGUGUUUCGAUGUUGGCUGGUGCUGUGGAGAGCACAGUGUGGGGUUGUUCGUCUGACAUGGGACAUGACUGCUUCGACCUGAACUACGCGAUUCGGGCGUUAACGACGAAUGUUACCUCUGUCGUUGACGCGAACACGGGCGGCAUGGGGACGCAGCUGAGCGUUCCGGCCGACGUGUGCGGGCUGUUCAAGGGCUCGGAGACGUGCGAAUUGCUCGUCGAGCAGCUCGUGUGCGCUGUCAGCUGCAACCCUGACUCGGGCAACUACUUCAGCAAGGCGACCGGCGCGCCCAUCCUCAACAUUUGCACGGCCUUCGCGCAGCAGGUGUACGACGCGUGCGGCACCCUCUCGUUGGGCGAGCUCAAAGUGGGUGAUUUCCUCUUCACGCCCGCGGAUCUGAUUCAGUCCGUGCUCGUACCCGUUAUUGGCUCCGCCGUUCCCAACUUCAACGCGUCCAUCAACGACGUGGGCUGCUACGGCGGACCGGAGCAGGUGCCCUCCACUCCGCUCUGCUGCGAUCCGCUCAACGUCCCCCGCCAAUGCCCCAAGGGCGCGGUCAACCUCACCGGCUCCGCGGGGAUCGUCGGGCGCAAGCCCGCCGCCGCCAUCUGCGCGGACUUCCCCUACUCCGCCACCACCGUCCCCUUCAAGCGCGCGCCCCUCCCCGCCACCGCUGCGCCGGAGCUUCCGCCCCCGGCGACUACCCCCCGCGGAGGACAGCCCAAGCCGAACACGAAUGAUGCCGACACCCCCGCUACACCCGCCGCCAAUCCCGGCAAGCCCAGCGGUCUUCCCGCGACCGCCAUGGCUCCCCCGGGUCCGAAGGGCGCUGCGUCGAAUCUGGUUUCCGCUGCUCUGGUGCUGCUCGCCAGUGCCGUGGCUGCCGCUGUGGCUCUCUAA